UGGUGACGUCAUCACGCCUGCGCUCUCCGCUCCGCCCGGGUUUCAGUUGGCGCGGGCUCCUCCUCGACCGUUGUGGUGACUGGCGGUUUCUGGUGACCCCGGCCCACCGCAGGUCGCCUGCGGAGCUGUCCAGUCCCGGCAGUAGCCCUCCGUCCUCGUCAUGGACCGUCCGCCCGCAGGCCUGGCGGCUCGCCCGCGGGGAGAACUUCCCAGGGCCAUGUUCAGGCCGAGCAGCGUCUCCCCGCGGCCGCCCGUUGCUGGCGGCGGCGGCGGCGGCGGGGGAGGCCCAGCUCAGUUCGGCCCUGGGGGCGGAGGCCGGGCCAAGGGGCUGAAGGACAUUCGUGUAGACGAGGAGGUGAAGAUCGCGGUCAAUAUCGCUCUGGAGCGCUUCCUAUGCGGGGAUCAGAGAGAAAUGGAAUUUCCUUCUUCUUUCACCAGCACUGAAAGAGCCUUUGUUCAUCGAUUGAGUCAGUCUCUUGGUUUGGUUUCUAAAAGUAAAGGAAAGGGAGCAAAUAGAUACCUAACUGUGAAGAAGAAAGAUGGAUCAGAAACAGCUCAUGCAAUGAUGACCUGUAAUUUGACUCAUAAUUCAAAACAUGCUGUUAGGAGCCUAAUUCAAAGAUUUCCUGUCACCAAUAAAGAGCGUACUGAACUUCUGCCUAAAACAGAAAGAGGAAAUGUGUUUGCAGUUGAAGCUGAAAACUGGGAAAUGAGCAAAACAAGCUGGGGACUCAACAAUGGCAUACCUCAGAUUCCAGUGAAAAGAGGAGAAUCUGAAUUUGAUUCUUUCAGGCAGUCUCUGCCCGUGUUUGAGAAACAAGAAGAAAUUGUUAAAAUAAUUAAAGAAAAUAAAGUAGUUUUGAUUGUAGGAGAAACUGGAUCUGGAAAGACUACGCAGAUUCCUCAGUUCCUUUUAGAUGAUUGCUUUAAAAAUGGUAUCCCCUGCCGUAUAUUUUGUACCCAGCCAAGACGGUUAGCAGCAAUUGCUGUGGCCGAAAGAGUUGCUGCAGAGAGAAGGGAAAGGAUUGGUCAAACAAUUGGAUAUCAGAUCCGAUUAGAAAGCAGGGUUUCUCCAAAGACACUUCUGACAUUUUGCACUAAUGGGAUAUUGCUUCGUACAUUGAUGGCAGGAGAUAGUACAUUGUCAACUGUGACACAUGUUAUUGUGGAUGAAGUACACGAAAGGGAUCGAUUUAGUGAUUUUUUACUUACGAAGUUAAGAGAUCUUUUGCAAAAGCACCCAACUUUGAAACUUAUUCUUUCUAGUGCCGCCUUGGAUGUAAAUCUUUUUAUAAGAUAUUUUGGAAGUUGUCCAGUGAUAUAUAUACAGGGAAGACCAUUUGAAGUAAAAGAAAUGUUUCUGGAAGACAUCUUAAGAACUACUGGAUACACAAACAAAGAAAUGCUAAAGUACAAAAAGGAAAAACAACGAGAAGAGAAACAGCAAACCACCCUUACAGAAUGGUAUUCAGCUCAAGAGAAUACUUUCAAGCCUGAGUCUCAGAGGCAGAGAACUGUUCCCAAUGUGACUGAAGAGUAUGAUUUAUUGGAUGACGGUGGUGAUGCUGUCUUCAGCCAGUUGACAGAAAAAGAUGUGAAUUGCCUUGAACCAUGGUUAAUAAAAGAAAUGGAUGCUUGUCUCUCUGACAUAUGGCUACAUAAGGAUGUUGAUGCCUUUGCUCAGGUCUUUCACCUUAUUUUAACUGAAAAUGUUAGUGUUGAUUACAGGCAUAGUGAAACCAGUGCAACAGCUCUGAUGGUUGCUGCAGGACGAGGUUUUUCAAGUCAAGUAGAGCAGUUAAUUAGUAUGGGAGCCAACGUUCAUAGUAAAGCAUCAAACGGCUGGAUGGCUUUAGAUUGGGCUAAACACUUUGGACAGACUGAAAUUGUGGAUCUUCUCGAAUCUUACAGUGCUUCACUGGAAUUUGGAAAUCUAGAUGAAAGUUCUCUGGUUCACACAAACGGAAGUGACCUCAGUGCAGAAGACAGAGAGCUCCUGAAAGCUUAUCAUCACAGUUUUGAUGAUGAAAAAGUAGACUUGGAUUUGAUCAUGCACCUUCUAUACACUAUCUGCCAUGGUUGUGAUGCUGGUGCAAUAUUAAUUUUCCUACCUGGAUAUGAUGAAAUUGUUGGACUGAAGGAUCGCAUCCUGUUUGAUGACAAGCGGUUUGCUGACAACACACAUAGAUACCAAGUCUUUAUGCUUCAUUCAAAUAUGCAAACAUCUGAUCAAAAGAAAGUAUUAAAAAACCCACCUGCUGGUGUUCGAAAAAUAAUCCUUUCCACCAAUAUUGCUGAAACCAGCAUCACAGUGAACGAUGUUGUCUUUGUUAUUGAUUCUGGUAAGGUGAAAGAGAAAUCCUUUGAUGCACUGAAUUUUGUUACAAUGUUAAAAAUGGUGUGGAUUUCCAAAGCUAGUGCCAUACAACGAAAAGGCAGGGCAGGGAGAUGCAGACCUGGAAUUUGUUUCCGACUGUUCAGUAGACUCCGAUUCCAGAAUAUGUUGGAAUUUCAGACUCCAGAACUUUUGAGAGUGCCAUUACAGGAACUUUGUUUACAUACUAAGCUGUUAGCCCCAGUGAAUUGUCCUAUUGCUGAUUUCCUAAUGAAAGCUCCAGAACCACCACCAGCUCUAAUUGUAAGAAAUGCUAUACAAAUGCUUAAGACAAUAGAUGCAAUGGACGCAUGGGAGGAUCUCACUGAGCUGGGCUAUCAUUUGGCUGACCUGCCCAUGGAGCCACAUCUUGGUAAAAUGGUCCUGUGUGCUGUCGUCUUAAAGUGUCUGGAUCCCAUCCUCACAAUUGCCUGCACACUAGCCUCUCGAGACCCCUUUGUCCUGCCGGCCCAGGCCUCUCAAAGACGGGCGGCCAUGCUUUGUAGGAAACGCUUCGCUGCAGGAACUUGCAGUGACCACAUGGCCCUUCUCAGAGCAUUCCAGGCAUGGCAGAAAGCACGAUGUGAUGGAUGGGAACGAGCCUUCUGUGAAAAGAAUUUUCUUUCACAAGCUACCAUGGAAAUAAUCAUUGGCAUGAGAACUCAGUUGCUUGGUCAACUUAGAGCAUCAGGUUUUAUUAGAGCACGAGGUGGUGGUGACAUCCGAGAUGUUAACACAAAUUCCGAGAACUGGGCUGUCGUUAAAGCUGCAUUGGUGGCAGGCAUGUAUCCUAAUUUAGUCCAUGUGGACAGAGAGAAUGUAGUAUUGACAGGGCCAAAGGAGAAAAAAGUUCGGUUUCAUCCCACUUCAGUUCUCAGUCAGCCUCAAUAUAAAAAGAUUCCUCCAGCCAAUGGUCAGGCUGCAGCGAUUCAGGCACUGCCCACAGAUUGGCUUAUUUAUGAUGAGAUGACCAGAGCCCACAGAAUAGCUAAUAUUAGAUGUUGUUCGGCAGUGACCCCCGUCACCGUGUUGGUGUUCUGUGGACCAGUGAGGCUGGCAAGAAACGCUCUUCAGAAACCUUCCUCGUUUCAAGCGGAUGGUAUUCCUAAUGACAGUAGUGACAGUGAAAUGGAAGAUAGAACUACUGCUAAUUUGGCAGCUUUGAAGCUUGAUGAGUGGCUUAAUUUCAAACUAGAGCCUGAGGCAGCCAGUUUGCUGUUGCACCUCCGGCAGAAGUGGCACAGCUUGUUCUUACGCCGAAUGAGAGCUCCGUCUAAACCCUGGUCUCAAGUUGAUGAAGCCACCACACGAGCCAUCAUAGCUGUUCUCAGCACCGAAGAACAGUCUGCAUGCCUACAGCAGCCAUCUGGGAUAGGCCAGAGGCCAAGGCCUAUGUCUUCAGAAGAACUCCCUCUGGCAUCGUCUUGGAGGUCAAAUAACAGUAGGAAAACCUCAGCAGAUACGGAAUUUUCGGAUGAGUCUGCGACUGCAGAAAGAGUAUUGAUGAAAUCUCCAUCUCCAGCGCUGCACCCACCUCAGAAAUACAAAGAUAGAGGAAUUUUACAUCCUAAACGAAGCACCGAUGACCGAUCGGAUCAAUCUUCUGUGAAAUCUACAGACAGCAGUAGCUACCCAAGUCCUUGUGCUAGUCCUUCCCCUCCAUCCUUGGGAAAGGGCUCAAAAUCUCCUUCACCAAGACCAAACAUGCCUACUCGAUACUUCAUAAUGAAGAGUAGCAAUUUGAGAAACCUUGAAAUUUCUCAACAGAAGGGUAUCUGGUCUACAACCCCUAGUAAUGAGCGGAAGUUAAAUCAAGCCUUUUGGGAAAGCAGCAUGGUUUACUUGGUAUUUUCUGUUCAAGGAUCGGGACAUUUCCAGGGAUUUUCUAGGAUGUCUUCUGAGAUAGGAAGGGAGAAGAGCCAGGACUGGGGCUCAGCUGGACUGGGAGGAGUAUUUAAGGUGGAGUGGGUCCGGAAGGAAAGUCUUCCCUUUCAGUUUGCUCACCACUUACUCAAUCCCUGGAAUGACAACAAGAAAGUCCAGAUCAGCAGAGAUGGGCAGGAACUAGAGCCUCAGGUUGGUGAACAGUUGCUGCAGUUAUGGGAACGCCUUCCACUGGGAGACAAAACUGCAACUGACUGAACUCAGAGCUCUGAGCUACAGAAGAACAUCGUACCUAUUUAAAACCACCGAACACACUGACUUCUAAGAACUGAGGUGGAGAUGAGUGUUACGAGUGAAUGGGCUUUUCUGGUUGAGAGUGUCACUUAAGACCCACCAUCUUCAUAUAAAGGAGAAAAGGGUGAUUUAAAUUUUUAUAGUGAUCGUAAAAAAUGAUUAUGUAAUGUUGGUUAUUUAUAUGUUUGUAAUUGAAUAAAAUAGUAGUGGUUUCAUUAUUUGGCACAACAGCAGUUAUUUGAAACAUACUUAAUUUGAAGUUAAACAUUUCAUUUGUUGAAGACACAGACUUACAACUCUUAUUGAGGGUUUGUUUUUUUUAAUGCAAAGUAAAUUGUUUCCUUUUAAGAAAGGCCUGAAUGUAUCUGAGCACCAUUUUAGAACAGUCAGCUCUUAAAAUUUGUUGUUAGAGAAGAAGCAAACAACCCAAUUCUAAAAAUGCCCCCUUUGAAAAUAGUGUGUGCUGAUUAAGGACUAUUCCUUCUGCCAUUUUACUUUAUUUUUUAUUUAUUUAUUUUUUUUUAAGAUUUUAUUUAUUUGGCAGAGAGAGAGAGAGAGAGACAGCGAGAGAGGGAACACAAGCAGGGGGAGUGGGAAAGGGAGAAGCAUCCCGCGGAGCAGGGAGCCCGAUGCGGGGCUCGAUCCCAGGACCCUGGGAGCAUGACCCGAGAUGAAGGCAGACGUUUAAUGACUGAGCCACCCAGGCGCCCCAUCAUUCUGCCAUUUUAAACCUGAGAUACAUUAAGAAAAAAAGGAGAGAUGUCUUUUUCUUUGAUUAUGAAGUACAGUAAGAUCUGAAGGAAAUCAGGGUUCCUCCCUCCCUGUCUUUGAUCAGAUCAGAUUUAGUGCUUAGUCUUAUUCCUGGUUCUGCCUCUUAACUCGGUGUGUGCCAUACCCCUCCCUUCCUCCCGCGUUACAACCUUCACACCUCUCUCACGUGAGCACAGUAAUUAUGCGCUCUUCGUUUUGGCUAGAGAAACUUGAUUUAGACAAGUUAAAAAUGGAAACAAAUUAAACGUGUUAAAGAAAAGUGCCCAACAGUUAGUGAGAGCUUGGUUGGUGUAUGUUUUUCAAACUAAAGCCCACAACACUGCAAUUCUAAAUGCUUUCUAUUUGUUUUCUAGUACUUUUCAUCCUACUUACAUUUUUGGAUUUCUUAUUUUUUUGCAUUUAUGGUUUAAUAAAUGGGAGGUAAUUUUUUAUAAACCUGUGUUAGUGCCAACUCACCUGUAUCUUUGUCAUCUCGGGAUUAUUUGAUUUCUUUACCACCACUGUCUGUAAAGGUUCCCCAGAAGCUUUUUGAAGGGAAAUAAAGGUACAGGGAAAAUGAAAGAAGUGUCUGGGCUACUGAGCUCUAAAUAGAGCAGCUUUGAUAGCACUUCUCAUGAUAUAUUUGGGUUAUUGCUAUGUGAAGAAAAACCAACCCGAGUCUGAUUUAAAGACAAGAAUACAACUCCUGAGUUUUUUGCUUCUGCAUUUGAGAACAAAGAAGUGAAAAGUCAUGGGUCCGCAUAAGAUCUUGAGAACCCUUCUUUCUCUUGGAAAGCAUUGUAUGUUGGCACAGUAGUUUAAAAUGGCAGCUGUGAUUUUCGCCUAUAUUUGUAGUUACUGGUUUUUUGUUUGUUUGUUUUAUACUUUGAGAGAUAUACCUGUAAAUUGAGCCUAUGUGAAUUAGGUUCUGCUGUAUGUGUAUUACAGUUCUUUUCCUAUUAGAGCAACUUGUGUUUUUUCUGAUAAUGUAUACAUUUUGUUGAGGUAUAUAUUUAGCAGUUUACGGUGUUCUAAAUUUGGAAGUGAGGACUUUUAAAAAAAUAAAACUUAUUUUAAUUUCCUUCUGUUUUCUAAUAUCUAGCUCUGAAUGUAAAUGAUGUUUGUUGAUAUUUAAAAUGAACACAAUUUGAAUGUAAUUAAAAUGCUGUUUUUGGAAGAGAUGAGCUUUAAAUAUACUUAUUAAAUGAAAUUCUGUUAAAAUAUCUAGAUCUUAUUUCUGACGGUCUAUAAUAGGGCUAAGGUAACAAUGAUCAACAAUAUCCGUUGAAAUAUUAGUGAAUUUCAAACACCUUGAAGAAUACUAAAUUGGUAUAGAAGGUGAUGAUUUCAUAUCAGUGUCUCCUCCUUGAAAAAAUUUGCCUUAUUACCAUAAGGGGAUGGAAAAAAAGCUCAAGACGUGUUCAGUAUGAAAUCUUUUGAAUGUGUUCUCCGUCAGGACACUGCAUCUUGGUAACGUGCCCCUGUAUCCACUGCACACCCCAGCCUCACUCUUCCAAUUACAGCAAAGCUUGGCAUCGAGGAGAGCAUAAUCUCAAAUGUUUACUUUAGGAAAAGACUGAUUCAUCUAAGACUUUGUCCUCAGAGACUCUUUCUUCACCAUAUAUAAAGCUUUAUUUCCUGCAGUAGGGAAAGUCUGGAGGACCAAGUCAAAUGAGCUUCACCCCUGAAUCAACACCGGGGCACACAUCCUGCCCCUGAACGGUGACGACGUGUUUCAGUCUGUGAGCUUCCUGCAGCACACGUGCUCAGUGUGCUCCAGAACUUUCCGCAGCUCCUCUUCACGCAGAGGCUCACCACACAGUGCACUCACUUCUGCCCAAGGACCCUGCACGUGCCUCGGUCUUUGCAGCCAAGAGUGAAAUUUCCACUUGGCUGUCUCAUAAAAUCACAAACACUGCAUACUGAAAAUGGAACUACUGUUCUUUCCUACAACCUGCUCCACCGAAAGCUGCUCCCUCUUCAGUGGCUGCCCUUUACGCACGGGGCAUGGGGGAUGGGCUUGGAACGCAGGCGUGUGCCUUGUGCAGUAGUGGCAGUUGUGUAUUAUAGUAAUCCCGUUUCCCUUCUGGUGUGCUCUAUCCAGGACUGAACGUAUUCGAUGAAAUGGGAGGACCUUGUUCAAUCUGAAACCCCCAUGGCCCCCUUCCCGUCCCCCCUUUUCUUUUUACUUAAACAUUUUUAUGAUAAUUUAGAUGGAAGUUGUUUGUCAGUUAAUGUUGGCUCCAGUCCUUCAAACUGUUCAUAUCUGCUUUAUAACAUUCACUGUACUAACCCUUCUUCAGGUUGUGGUGGGGAGGUAGUGACAGUUUAGUUACAUCCUCAAGAUAAAGUCUUAGUGAAAAAUGGAUCAAUCUUCUUUAGUUACAUUUAAAAAAAUACCCCUUGCGGUUGCUCAAGGCCAGAAAACUUGCAGUCAUCCUUGACAUCUUUCCUUCGCUUAAUCUCAUCCAGCAGAAAAUUUUCUUGAGUCUACCUUCAAAAUAGACCUAAACUCCGACUGUUUCUCCCCUCCUCUGUCACAACCACUCUGGACUGAGCCACAGUCCUCCUCACCUGGGUUACUGAAAUUGCUUCCUAAGAUGCCUUCCCUCUUCGACCUCCUCCUCCCACAGAGAAACCCAUGAUCCUUUAAAAACAAUUUGCAUUACUCGGCUGCUCAAAACCCUGCAGUGGCUCCCCAUUUCUCUCAGGAGCCAAACUCCUUACAAUGGCACCAACGUGACAUGAUCUGUCCUCUGCUUACUCCACUCUAGCCACGCCGGCCUUCCCACUGUUCCUUGAAUAUCCUAGGCCUGUUCUAGCGCAGAGACGGGUGUGAGCUGUUGACUCUGCCUAGAAGGCUCUUCCCAGAAUAUCUGUUUGGCCAACUGGUUGUCACCAUGUAGUGUUAGGUUUCCUGUGACAUAGAAGUGACAUACAGUAAAGCCAACUUUUUUAAAAAUGUGCAGCUCUGAAUUUUGACACCAACACAGAUUUACGGAACUUUCACCUCAGAAUAUGGUUCCAUCACCCCCAAAACGUCCUCAUACCAUCCCUUUGUAGUAACAGCUUCCUCUCCUCACUCAUGCUGUCCAGCCAUGGAUGAUCUGUUCUCUGACAUUCUAGUUUUCUCCUUUUGAGAACAUACAGGCCGAAUCUUACAGUAUGUAACCUUGUGGGACUGGCUUCUGCCACUCAGCAUAAUGCCUUUGAGAUUGAGCCAAGCUGUAUCUAUCAAAGUUCAUUUCCUAUUCCUGCCAAGUACUAUUCCAUUGUAUAGAAUGUGCCACAUUUUUUGGAAGCCAUUUACCUGUCAAUUACACACGUGUGAUUAUAUAUAGACCAGCUAACCAUUGGUGCACAGGUUUUCGUGUGGAAAUACGUCUCUGUUUGUUGAGAAAAUACCUAGGGCCAGGAUUGCUGAUUCAAUGAUGGUAAGUGUGUUUUAUAAGAAACUGCCAAACUAUCGUCCAGAGUGGCUGUACCUGUUUGCAUUCCUACCAGCAACGCUUUAGAGUUCCAGUUGCUCCGUGUACUUGACAGCACUUACUAUGGUCAGUAUCUUUUUUUGCUCUUUAAGUUGAAAAUACACAUCAAUUUUAUGAAAUUGUUGCUAAAUUCCACUGAAGAAUAAUAUAAGUAUUACUACAAAGUGCCUCUUCUGCAUGUUAUUUUGUCAUAUUUGGUGCAGUAACUUCGUAAAUAUAAAUACACGGUAAUCGGUAAGUUUAAAUUGAGACACCUGCUAGAGGUAAUCCAAUAUACCUAAGAAAGAUGUGUUCAUAACCUCUCUUCAUUUCUUUUUAUUUUUUUCAUCAUGAUACUUCCUUAAUCCCCAUCACCUAUUUCCCCCAUCCCCCACCACUU